AUGUCGGACGUUGUAAUUCUGGAUGAAACUGGAAAGAUAGUCCCUUGCGGAGAGAUGACUACAUUUCAUGUCACCUUCAAUGGGGCCAAGAGAAUGGUAGUUCCGACGCCAGGAAUGCUAAGAAAGCUUCAACAUGGAACUAAUGCAAGAUGCCGAUGA